AUGUCUUCUUCUCCUUCUCCUCUUACUACUUCAACAACUGCUACUGCUGUCAACAACAACAAUAAUAGUAAUACUUCAUGUUCUUCUUCUUCAACGGUACUGUCAGGGAAGUGUUUCAAUUCCGAUUGUACGGAAUUUAAAUCUCGGAAAGGAUGGAGGCUCCGUUCCGGUGACUUUGCCGAGCUUUGCGAUCGAUGCGCUUCUGCUUAUGAGGAGGGGAGGUUCUGUGAGACUUUCCACUUGAGGGCCAGUGGUUGGAGGUGUUGUGAAUCUUGUGGGAAGAGGGUUCAUUGUGGAUGUAUUGUUUCAAUUCAAGCAUUUACAUUGUUGGAUGCUGGAGGUAUUGCGUGCAUGGCAUGUGCAAGGAAAAGUUUUGUUUUGACAUCAAACCCUGCCUGGCCUCCUUUGUUUUAUCACACACCUUUCCCCGAGAGAUUCAAAGACCUUUCUAUCAAAAGUUGGAGUCAAUUAGCUGGGUCAGGUCCUGUACCAUGGCGUCAAGCACCCAGUUUGUUUAAUUCUUCUGCUACUCAGUCUGAAUUGCAACCAAGAAUGCCAUAUGAAGUUGACAGGCUUAAUGCUGGUGAAAGAUUUUCUGCCCCUUCCCUGGAGAAAAGGAAAGUUGAGGAUUUUUCUGAAAGAUUUAUCAAUGGAAGCCUGAGGAUUCGCUUACGGGAUAUAGUUGAGAAUGGGAAUGCAGGAAUCAUUGGUGAGGAGCAACCACAACCAUUAUCAUCUUUAACGGAGGAAACAUCUGCUCAACAAUUUGCCAGCCCCCCACCUCCGUUUACAAAGCAUUUUCCUGGGAGUUUACAUAAUGGAGUUGACUCAUCAGUUGAUGCUCAGAUACGCAACGGGAGGCCUAGAAUAGAUGCCCGUGGAAGGAGCCAGUUACUUCCUCGGUACUGGCCAAGGUUUACUGAUGAAGAGCUACAGCAGAUUUCUGGAAAUUCUAAUUCUGUGAUCAAACCUCUGUUUGAGAAGAUGCUGAGUGCUAGCGAUGCUGGACGAAUUGGGCGUUUGGUGCUGCCGAAAAAAUGUGCAGAGGCCUAUUUUCCACCCAUCUCGCAGCCUGAAGGUCUACCUCUCAGGGUCCAAGAUUCUAAAGGGAAAGAGUGGAUAUUUCAAUUUCGGUUUUGGCCUAACAACAAUAGUAGAAUGUAUGUUCUGGAGGGAGUUACUCCUUGCAUACAAAACAUGCAAUUGCAAGCAGGCGAUAUAGGGUCUAUGAUAUUGGAUCUGAAAUUUAAUUCUGUUUCCUCAGUAACAUUUAGUCGAUUAGAGCCAGAAGGCAAAUUGGUUAUGGGAUUUAGAAAGGCCUCCACUGCUUCACCUUCCGAUCAGGACACUGAAACAAGUCAGACUGGUAUUGGUGUUUCUACAAAUGGAGAUGCUGAAUUGGAUCCUAGUCCUUGGUCUAAAGUUGACAAAUCAGGCUAUAUAGCAAAAGAAGUUCUUGAAGCAAAAUCUUCAAUCAGAAAGAGGAAGAGCAGUACGUUGGGUUCUAAGAGUAAGCGCCUAAGGAUUGAAAAUGAGGAUAUGAUAGAACUGAAGCUAACAUGGGAAGAAGCACAAGGAUUGCUCCGUCCCCCUCCUGACCAUGAUCCUAGUAUUGUGGUGAUUGAAGGAUUUGAGUUUGAGGAAUAUGAGGAUGCGCCAGUACUUGGGAAACCAACAAUUUUUGCAAUGGAUAAUGUGGGAUUCAAUGGGUUCAAUGUGAAGAUUGUCGUAAGUGGCGCAAAUUGCCUGCCAAUGCUCUUCUUCCCUCCAAAUGGACAUGUUCUAGUAAUACAUGGGAUCCUGAAAGUUACAUCUGCUGCCAGAUCAUCAUGUUCUGUGGCUCAAGAAAUGACAGCAGAGCAGCUUGAAGAUCUACUGCCUUCCUGUAAUUUAGGAGUCACUCCCAAGAGAUCGAAGGCUGCUAAGAAGGAUACUGAUAGUGUUGAAGCUUUGGAGGGGCUUGACACUCUUGCCAACCUAGCUAUUUUAGGAGAGGGUGAGACUCUCCAGGCUUCGUCCCAGGCCACCACAAAGCACCCCCGACACAGACCUGGCUGCUCCUGCAUUGUGUGCAUUCAGCCCCCAAGUGGUAAGGGUUCCAAGCACAAGCCGACGUGCACAUGUAAUGUCUGCCAAACGGUAAAACGCCGUUUUAAGACCCUAAUGAUGAAGCGUGAAAAGAAGCAAUCAGAGAAAGAUGCAGAAACUACACGGAAGAAGCAGCAAGAGCCUUCUGCCGAUAAAUUGCUUGAUGAUGAACUCUCACCAUCUAGCAACACAGCAAGUCAAAGUGGCAGUCCGAACAAGAAAAAGGCCGUCAGUGAAGGUUCUGAUGAUGAUCCUAACCGAAUGAAAUCCUCCACCUCACCCUUUAAAGGUCAAAUAGACCUGAAUAUCCAGCCAGAGAGGGAGGAUGAACUGUCACCUGGUUCAGAUUCUGGAGGCAUGAUGAGGAUGCUACAAGAUGCCACUGAGAGAUACCUCAGGAUGCAGAGAUUCUUGACCCCAGAUGGUGACAAUAACUCUGCCAGUAAUCACACGCUGUCAAGUGGGGGAACAGGUGAAAAGGUCGGUGGUGGCAUUAUGCUUGGCAGCAGCCAUCAAGAUGCUAAUAAGGAUCAUCCCUCAACCUUUUCCAUGAAUGCAUCUGCAUCCACCCCAGCCACUGGAUAG